CUUCUUCGUCAAAUUCUGUUGAUUCCUUUUUCCUCUAUGGCAGUCUCACCUAAUUCAAGCUCUUUAGAAUUAACAAUAUCAAUUCCAAGCUUCUCUCCAUCUCCUUCAUCUGGUGAUCACAUGGUGAGAGAUUUAGACAUAAACCAAACUCCAAAGAUGGAGGAAGAUCGUGAGUGGAUCAUGAUCGGUGCAACACCACAUGUCAACGAAGAAGAUAACAAAUCCGGCGGCCGGCGGCGUAAAAAGCUCCGUUUAACCAAAGAGCAAUCACAUCUUCUCGAAGAGAGUUUCAUACAAAACCAUACCUUAACCCCUAAACAAAAACAAGAAUUGGCAACUUUUUUGAAGCUUAGUCAAAGGCAAGUUGAAGUGUGGUUUCAAAAUCGAAGAGCACGGAGUAAGCUAAAGCAUAUGGAGAUGGAGUGUGAGUACCUAAAGAAAUGGUUCGGGUCAUUGAAAGAGCAAAAUCGACGGCUACAAAUAGAAGUUGAAGAACUACGAGCUCUAAAGCCAUUAUCGGCUUCUGCAUUAACCAUCUGUCCUCGGUGUGAUCGUGUGGCCGAUACAGCAGAUAAUAGCUCUAAUGCCGUUCAGGAGGGUGCAGCUCGGAGCAGCCAGCCACGCAUGCCAAUUUCCUCUUCCUCUUCUCCUUGUUGACUGGUUCGGUCAAAGCUUAAGUCAAAGUCAAAUAUUGAAACGCCUGUUUAGGGUGGCAAAAGCAAAGAUUUGAUGAUGAUUAGGAGGAUUUUGUGUAUAGUUUUCUAAAUUAUUUAUUACCUCAAAGAGAAAAAGAAAAUUGUUUCAAUCCUAGUUUAAUAGCCUUUUUUGUUGGCGAUAUGUAACUUUAUUUUUCGUAUCCCCAUUUGGAUUGACUGAUUGAGUAGUAUUA